AGACCGUUUUGUCUUCAAGCUGUGUGCGUGGAUGGACCAGAUCUAAAUCCGUGUGCAUGUUGGUAACAUGUUUAGUACCAUCUAUGCGUUGGAUGAAGAAGUGCUGGACGUGAUAAUCGUAACGUCAAUCCAAAACACUAUCCACAAACACCAAGUCGUACGAUCAAAUUAUUUUGGUUGCGGAGGAGAGGAAGAUCGAGAAAGAAUUGAUAAUGCAUAAAACGACUUCGUCGAACACCUGAAUUAUUAUGUAGAUCAAGGCGAAGUUUCGGUGGUGAAGCAAGGAACACAGGUGGAUUGGAGAGUAGCCAACGAGAGAGAAGCAAAGAAAAGAGAAGAGAAAAACGUCCCAAGAAACGACCACUCAAGAACCGAAGAAGUUUCAACGUAGAUUCGGUGCAUGACUCAUACGUAGUUGUUUUCUUUCGUUUUUUUGGCUGCUGCUGCUGCUGCUCAGCUACAAUGUGCCUUACAUGAGAUCAAGCAGACCUUGGAACAGAACAAACUAAUUUCCUCUCCUGAUACAAAAAAACAGUGUAAAGAUGGAUGAACGCAGGGUUGCUGAUUACUUUGUGGUGGCUGGUCUCACGGAGGAAACUGAUCUCCUAGAUGACACCACUCUGACUGACAGCAGCAACUUCAAGAGCGGCUACAAUCAGGCCCCCAUCACAGACAUCGGUGUAGUGUUCCCAACACUUGGUGAAACAGUGCCUGAGGACUAUGAAAUGAUUGAAAGAACACCCACGGGAAUCCUGGCUGAUCUCAAUCAUGGCAGCUACAGGAGCAUCAAGUGUUAUUUGUGUUUUCGUAGAGGACGUGAUAAGCCCCCAUUGGUUGAUAUCGGUGUCAUGUAUGAUGGCAAGGAAUAUCUGAUGGAAGAUGCGGAAGUGGUGAAGACCAGUUUCGGAGGACGAGUGGCCAACGUGAACAAUUCGACUGCACAGACUUUCAUUACAUAUCGUAGAGGAACGACGACGAUGCCGUGCAAUGCGCUGGUCGUGACGGACAUCUGCGUUGUCGUCGCAAGUCAGGGUGAAUCCCCGCCUCACGCCUUCUGCUGCCUGGAUAAAAAUCUCAAUAAGGGCCUGAUUGGUAGCGACGUGUUUCUCUGCUACAAAAAGUCCAUGAACCGAUCGCGAUUGCUCACGUACAAUCCGUCGGUGAUCAGCAGGUAUCCAAUGGGAGACCUGGACCAUUUUCCGUUCCCGAAUUCCGUUCCCCUGUUCUGCCUCCCGAUGGGCGCUAGUCUGGAAGUGUGGCCCGACGAAACCUCCAAACCUAAGCCAGUCUUCAGCACCUUCGUACUCACCGUAUCCGAUGCGAAGCAUAAGGUCUACGGCUCAGCAGUCACGUUCUACGAGAAAGUCCCCGACGAUCGGCUCACCGAAAAGGAAGCUGAACUACUCAAGUAUACACCGGAUUCGGGAUUCUCGCUGCACACGAACAAGUGCAUCUGCAUCUUAUCCCAUUUCCCAUUCUCGGACACCUUCGAGCAAUGGCUCACAUUCUUAUACAAAAUUGCCGCUAGCGGUGAUCCCCAAACUAUUCCCAUCGAACGGUACAUCGUGCAAUUGCUGGAUGAAGUGCCGUUCCCAGCACCUCACACUCUUCUGCAACUGACCGCCGAUUGCCAAUCCAACCGAGUGAUCAUGACCCAACCUGAAGAUCUGCCUCUGCCCAGAAGCGCGGCAGGCUUCAAACACCUGUUGGUCAACCUCGGCCCGGAAAACAGUCUGCAACUACUGCUGCUAGCACUGACCGAACAAAAAAUAUUAAUUCACUCCCUCAGACCGGACACGCUCACAGCCGUCGCCGAAGCUGUGUCCUCUCUCCUAUUCCCAUUCAAAUGGCAAUGCCCCUACAUUCCACUAUGUCCAUUAGGUUUGGUCGAGGUAUUACACGCACCUCUGCCUUUCUUAAUCGGCGUAGACUCCCGCUUUUUCGACCUCUACGAUCCACCUGUCGAUGUCAGCUGCGUGGAUCUCGACACGAACACCAUUACUGUGAGCGAAGCGCAGAAAAAUAUCCUAAACGUGAAGCUGCUGCCGAAGAGAGCAGCGAAAAUGUUGAGGACCACGCUGGAAGAACUCUAUGCCAAUUUGAUGCGUAACAGUCGGGUCAACAACAAUCAAGCGGAUGGCGAUUGGGAGACGCAAUUCCAGAAGCGCCGCAAAGAAAGAGUCGAAGAGCUGGAGAUCCAGGAAGCUUUCCUGAGGUUCAUGGCUAUGACCCUGAAGGGAUACAGGUCGUACCUGUUGCCCAUUAUAAAAGCGCCGACCGUCGGCACGACUGAUCCGCAGGCCCUCUUCAAGCUGAACGAGUUCUUGAAGUCGCGCGACAAGGCUCAUCAUAAGUUCUUUUCGCUGCUGAUGCACACGCAGAUGUUCAUUCGCUUCAUCGAGGAACGCAGCUUCGUGGCUGACGGUGAUCAGGGUUUGGCCUUCUUCGAUGAAUGCACUGAGCGAUUGUCGCACGACGAUGAGAACAUUAAAUUGUUGGAAAUCGAAGGAGGUGGACAUAAAAGCGAGAGGACUGUAUUUUUGCUACCACCCGACCCAGUGAAGCCAGACGCUUCAUAUUUUUACAAUGAAUUUAUUUUGGAUCCAAUGCUGUUAACGAAUACCGGAAAGCAGAGGAACCAUUUGUCGUCCUUGUAUCAGUCCAUGGCACCGGGAUCUCCAAUGGCGAGACGGACGAAGCACGAGAUCAAAUCUGCUCAAAAAUUAGCGAAACACGCAAAAAAAUAUAUGAAGCAUCCGGAACUGUGGGCGAGGUGCUUGAGUGGAACCUGCUAUACUCUUUACUUCAUGGCGUUGCCCAGUCUGCUGUCGCUGAGUAUAGGUAAGGAGUGUGCCGUCCUGCAGCAGGCCUACGAGCUUUUGGUGAGAGCGACGCAGCAGGAACUUUCCUGCGACGAGGUUUGUUAUAGACUGAUGAUGCAAUUGUGCGGGGAAUACUCGAAACCACUGUUGGCUGUGAAACUGCUGUUCCUCAUGAAACGGGCCGGCAUCCAACCCAAUGCCUUGACCUACGGAUUGUACAAUCGGUGUGUUCUGGAGGCUGAAUGGCCUGCCCAGUCAAGUUCGAGUGUUUUGCUAUGGAACAAACUGAGGUACGUGGUGUUGGGAGCUGCUCGAUUCCGACGCGCUGGUAGGAGACACGCCACGCGCAGACAAUCGGCGUCCAUCGAAGGAUCGCAAACCUUCCUGGAUCCGAGCGACAGAGUGGCAUCUCGCUCAUCGCUGGACUCGCACGAAGCUAUUCAAGGUGAUGGUGGUACACUCGAGAGGAUGUACAAGAAGUGCUUCGUGAGCAUCGUCAAAGGUGCUACGAACGGUGGAUCCGAACAAACGGACUCGACAGUGUCCAACGUUCAAUCGGAAUCCGAGGAGGUCGAUAGCCAGGAGAAUAUAGACGCAAUCCACGUGGCCUUCACCCCGCCCGAGAGUCCAUCCGAGAAUCCAAGAAUACUCUCACGUUCAGAAAGCGCAGGAGACGCUUUGAUCAUCGACAAACUCCAGCAAAACAAGAAGACCUGCUCCAGGACGCUUCAGUUCAACGGAGACGAAGCUUUCGAGAAAGACGAAAAAAGCUCACCCAGCAAGACAUCUCCGAGAACCGUGGUCACUGAAAACGAUCCACUUGGAGCGUUGAAUGAUGAGGAGCCGACGCCGCCUACGAUCACGCCGCCUCCCGAAUCGACUGCAACAACUCCACCGUCCUUUGCAAUGCCCUCCGAUGAACCCAUCCUAUUCAGGAAUUCUGUCCAAAGAUCCGCGACUUUCGAAGGCAGUCCACCAGCUCAAAGUAAAAUUCACCGUUCCGAAACGGUACCAGCAGCGACUGUGGCCUCAAGCCUCGCAAGUCUAGGUUCUAGCUUCAAAAUGAAUUUCGGCCGUUACUCACCAGCUAGAUUGUCCAUACGCAAGGCAGACCUGAAAAUGUCGCAGCAAAUUCUCGAAAAUGCCAUUAAUAAUUUGAGUAAUUUCUCGUCUUCCUACAGUCCGAGUAGUCUGACUGGAAAGAAGUCGAACGAGUUGAUCCAAGGCGGAAUUAGCUCCCUAAAGUCCGCCGCCUCAUCCAUGGCAAACUGGAUGAAGCUUGACGAGAUAAAGGAGGCGAUUUCCUCCACGUCGACAAACUCGACGCCGGUGAAGGUUGCAGACCGUAUGGCAGCCGGAGAUGUUCCCGAGGGAAUUGAAGGAGAAUCCACCGAUGGUAGCGAGGGAGGAGAGCGUCAUCGGAAGAUCUCUGCAGAAUGCAGUAGCUACCGCGGAAGCUACGCGAACUUAAAGGACUGCGAUUUUCUUCCCGACAGUUUAUUCCCAGUCCCGAGCGAUGUAACUGCUGAUAGCGAGAUGGACAUAGUCCUGACGUCCUGUUCGCAAUGCCACAACUGUUUAUCGUUGCUUUACGACGAGGAUAUUAUGUCCAAUUGGUCUGCGGAAGACUCCAACCUUAACACGCAAUGCCACGUGUGCAAGAAGGCCACGGUUCCUCUUCUAACGAUAACCAUAACGCAAAAAGACACGGAUACUUCGGAGCCGUUCAGCGUGCCGUAUCUUAACCCUCUCGUCCUGCGAAAGGAGCUCGAAAACAUCCUCAUACAGGAAGGCGACCUCAGUCUGGCCGAGGCGAAGUUCGUCGAGGAGCAUCCAAUCAUUUAUUGGAAUCUGGUGUGGGUCUUCGAUCGCAUCAACGUCCAAACUCACCUACCCAAUCUCUGCUUGAAGAGCAAAUCGAAUACCAAGACUGUUAGCAAGGAGAGGAAGAGCGAAGAGGAUGGUGAGAAGGACGCGAGUAGCGAAGAAGUCUCCGGAUUGAUGCAACCCGUCGAGGAAGGAUCGGAUCCGCUCACGCUAGAACUUGCCACAUUAGCCGCUGUUAAAGAGGAACCACAGCAUUUGGUGGCCUCGGUGAGUGUGCGAUGUAUGUGGGAUGAUCCUCGGCUGCACGGUGAUAAACCACACAUGUACGUGCUCUAUCAAUCGACUGAGCAGAACAACACCAUGAGAUUCAUGCAAGGCGUCGUCAAUUCGGUGCAUUGCAACGACCUCUCGGAUCCCAUGAAGAAGUUGGCUUCGGAGCGACAGAAAACGUUGAGAUCGCAGGAGGACAGGUGCAUCUCGAUAAACACGAAUCGGUCCAUCUACAGAGACAUCCUGUUCCUCACCUGCAAAGCGAUAGGAAGAUCCUCGAUAGACCUGAACGUCUUCGACAAGGAAUACUCUUCGGCUUAUUCGCGCAUACCUGACCGCAGCGCUAAACUUUACGGAAUCCAGGACGGACCUCUGUCCUUGGGCUCCGUCUAUUGUCGGCAAUAUUUCAAACCGCUCCUAAUUCCAUAAAGGAAGAGAGUAAAGAAAAAGAAAAAAACAAAAGGACAGGACACCCAGAGAAUCUGUUUAUCGAUUUAGAUAUAAAAAAUAUAUAUGAAUAUUUUUAAUUUUUUUUUAAUUAUUUAAAAAAGAAAAUAAUCUCGACGUGAUUUCGUGGCCUUUACUUACGACGUGAUUCUGUUUAAUCAAACGAUAAUUGUUUUUCAUUUUUUACUUAUUGCUAGGUUUUUAAAUUUAUUAUUAUAUUAUAUUAUUAUUUUUUUUGGUGCACAUAUAGGAGAGGAAGAGGAGGAUGAAGGACGUUUGGACGAUGAACGAAUUAGUGAUUUGUUUUUAUUCAUUUGAUUAAGUUUAUUAUGACGAUUAUAUUAUUAACUGAAAUAAAAAAAAAACACACAAAA